AUGUCCGGUGGACUUGGUGAAGGUGUGUUCUCCCGACUACUGUCCUUGUGGCAAAAGCUGCGAGGUGAAACUGUUCGGUUUGUCGACGCAGUGACAAAUCCUGUGUCGCAUGCCCCGUCCGAAGCCGACGAAAAUGACGGCAAAAUCUCAGAUGUGUCUCCAGCAAGCUCAUUGAGCACCGAGGAGGGUUUGGAUGACAUGUUGGCGCUCGAGGGUACAACAAGCGGCCGGCUGUCAACGAACUCCGACGUCGUUGACACCACCAACGAGUUCAUCACAAUGCUCGACGAGGUACGCUGCGAUGGCGAAUGUUUGAAAGAGACCCUCGACGCGUCGUGCGCUAACAACCGUACGGAUGUGCCGUUGGAAGACCUGCUUGAGGUCACCGUGGGGCUGCACAAGAACGUGGAGAGGCGUGUUGACGAUCUGUUGGAAAAGCUGUCCGACAAAGGUGUGAGUAUCGAGUGCCCAAAGGCGGAGCUACCCGAAACAAUACCCGAGGCAGUGCACGUGGCGGGCGCCAAGGAAAAAGGCCUUGCAUUGAAACGUGGCCGCUGCCGCCGCAGCCAGCGCAACCUCUACCCGACCCCAAAGCUGGACGAAACCCGCCCACAUAAGGUCCCCAAAAAGGUCGCACCCACUGAUUUGAAGCAGCUCGACUUGUCCAAAGAGACGCGUGAAUUGCUCGAGCUCGACUCCCCGAUGCACAGCAAGGACCAAAAAUAA